AUACCUACCGUUCUAGUAGGAUGUGUUGUACUAUUAACAGGUUGAUUUGAUUUUUUCUUUUGCUUGGAAAGUGAUAAAUCAACAUGUUCAUCAUCUGUACAUUGAAUGGUAAAAUUAAAUACAAUUUUUUAUUGCAGACAACCUAAAUCAAUCAAUUUACCAUUUUGAGACGUCUUGAUAUUUGCUAUAAAAAGAAAUGAAAAUAUAACUGAACAGUAAUACAGUAACUUCAUAACAGCUCAUUUCAUAAUACUAUUUUACAAAAAAUAUCACUUGAUUAAUUUAAUUUAAUUUUUAAAACAAAACAGUAAGAAUCUAAUAAAAUACUACAAUAACUAUGUACAAUAGUAAAUGGUAAAAUCUUUUUUGUCAGUGCAAAGCAUUUAUCACAAAUUAAGAUAUUAUUGUUUAUACUUUAUGAUAAUAUAUUAUCGCAGUCCGUGUCAUCAAGAUAAUCAAUGUGAAAUAACUUAAGGUUUCAAACUUCUUUGAAUUCAUCGACCUCUGAAAAUACCUGUGUAUGAAAAAUACACUAGUACCAUAUGAUUUUACUAUGGUUUAAGAUAGUCCAUGAAUUCCACUGUUUACUAUACAUUAGAAAUUUUUUAUCAGUGUAAAGUGAUAAAACCAAUUUGAAGUUUCAACAUUUAAUAUUUAAAGUACAUAGGUUUUCUAUGCAGGUAUCACUAUAAUAAUAGUUUUAAAAUUAGUAUGUUAUUUAAAUAUAUAUAUUUUGGUGAUUGGUAAUCUUAAUAUAAUAUUAUAGUGGAAUUUAUCUCAAUUUUUUCGGUUAUAUUUAAACAAGUAAAACAUUUCAAUAAGAUAAAGCUCGGUACUUAAAGAAAAUGGUGUAAUCAUGAUGGACCACAGAGAAUAUGAUGGGGAUGUUAUUCCAAGUACUGCAGAAGACGAUGAAGAUGUAUUUAAAGAUUUGAUGUUAAACGUACCUGCUGAUUGGUCAGCAAAUGAUUGUAUGCAAACAGGUCUUUUCAAUUCAUUUGAUCCUGAUGAAGUUGUAUAUCGGGCUCAAAAAAAACCAUGUAAGAUUGUCGGUAAAUAUGUAAUGGGUGACUUAUUGGGUGAAGGCAGUUAUGGAAAAGUUAAAGAAGUUCUGGAUUCUGAAACACUUGUUCGGCGUGCAGCUAAAAUAUUAAAAAAGAAAAAACUCAAACGAAUACCAAACGGAGAAAAAAAUGUCCUCAAGUAAUAUAAUAAUUUCCUAUUGUAUUUAGUAUAGGUACUUAGUAUUACAUAUAUUUUGUAUUGUAAUGCCUAAAUACUUUAUUAUUUUAUGUAAAAUUCCUACCUACCUACUUACUUAUUAAAUCAAAUAUGUAUAACAAACAUUUCUUUUACGGUUCUUUUCGUAAAUUAAAUAGUGUUGAAUAGUGCUUUAUGAGUAAACAAUAAAUAUUAAUACAUUUUGGGACUAUAAACACAAACUUAUAUAUUUCAUUACAUCUUAGAAAUCUAAAGUUAUAUUUAUAAUAAUAAAAAAUCAAAUCUUAUAAUAUGUCACCUAAAACUUGUAAAUUUAAUCAUAAAAAAAUUAUUUUACCUAAAAUAAUACUAAAUUAAAGGAAAUAACAAUUAUUAAAGUAUAAUAAAACACCAAUAUCCUUAACAUUUUUUGUAAAAAUAAAAAUCAAUCAAUCUAACUCAAUUCUCAGUGCCUAAGAUAAAUUUUAUCUCAUCAUUUAUAGAGCUUAUUACUUUUGUCAUAAAUAAAUCCAACAUUGAAAGCUACAGCAUGUAUGCCAUUAAAUCAAAUUGUUUUUAAAGGUAUAGUUAAACAAAUAAAAAUUGAAAUAAAUUUAUGUACCUUGUUUUAAUUUUAGUUUCAAUUGAUUCAAAUUGUUAAUUUUACUUUAUGACAGUAGCAGCAUAUUCGUUAUUAUACAUAGAAUUUUUUAUUGGUUUUACAAUGAUGUUUAUUUAAUUUUUUUUUAUUGUCUGUGAAUAACUGAUAUUGUGAUCUGAUUUUCAAGUUCAACACUUUUUCUGUAAAGAAAUCUGACUAGGGUGGUACUUUAGAGAAGUCAUUUUUCUAUUUUCUGCGGGUUUCCUAAAAAAAGUGGAAAAUUUAUGAAAUUUAUUAUUUCAAGUCAUAAAUAUUAUGGUCUUUUAAAAAAUAUAUAACCAAAGCAAUGAUUAAUCUUUGCAUACAGAUAUAUUAAAUUAACGUUCCACCUUCCCAACUUCUAACCUAAAACAGUGUCCCACUUAUCCUGCAAAGUAUAUCAAUUUAUUUUUAAUAUUCAUUUUACUGAAAACAAAAUAUUAUUUUAUAUUAUGCCUAGGUUAUUAUAAUUUAAUAUUAUAAGUUAUAAAAAUAAGUAUUUUAAACAAAAAUUUGCCAUUUCAAGAUAUAUUUAUUUUUUCCGCUUAUAAUUUAGUAAAUCUAAGUAUUUAUAGGUUAAGGGUUCAAUAAUUAUGAACAUUUUUGAUUAAUUAGACUAUUUGAUAUUAAAUUGUAUACUAGUCAUAUACAAAAUAAAAUAUUAUUUCCCUGCAUAUUUUUUGGUUGGUGACAUUUACUUGAACAUUAAAUUAAAUUUAAGUGUGUCAUUUUCACUUUUCUACUUCAUAGACCACAGUGAUACAUAACCUUGACUAGUAAACUUGGUUAGCGUUUUUAUGGUGUUUACAAUAUUUAACAAGUGUAGUGUGUACACAUUUGAAUAAUAUAAUUUUCAAUUAUUUUUAAUCAGAAUUGAUAAAAUGUUUAUUAAAAUAGGUACAUAAUAGUUAACAUAUAAUAUAAGUAGCAUGUUUUUCUAGUUAUUGUUAAUUUGCAAGCUCUAUCAGUUAACAUAUUUUGUAAACACUGUAAAAAAGUGAUUAUGAUUAUGAAUAUAUUUUAAUUUAUUCAAUGAAAUAUUUAUUCAAAAAUAUUGUAGUAUUAUUUAUUAUACAAUACUUAAGAAAUUUUGUGGUAAAUUAGUAAAAUAUAUUUUGAAAAUCUAUUAAAUGUAAUAGUUUAUUUAUAUUUUAUUUAUUAUAAUUUAAUCAGUUGUUGGAAUAUUUAAUGGAAAACAAAUAAUAUUUGUAAUAUUUUAAAUUUAUCUUACUUAUAACAGAACUUAGUUAAGUUGUGUUAAAUAAAACUGAUUUUUAAACUAUCAUUAGAAAUUAGAAAUUUGAUAAAAUAAAUAUCUAAUAAUAAUUUGAAAAUUAUUAGUAUUCUAUGAUUAUUUGCCUUUUGCAAUUAAAUCUGAUUUAUUUAAUUUGUUUUUAUAGUGAAAUCCAGCUUUUGAAAACUUUAAGGCAUUUGAAUGUCAUUGAGUUAGUAGAUGUGAUUGUGAAUAAUGAAAAAGAAAAGAUGUAUCUUCUUAUGGAAUAUUGUGUAGGUGGUCUUCAAGAUAUGCUUGAGCACUCUCCAGGCAGUAAAUUCCCAUGCUGGCAAGCCCACAAGUAAAUAAUAUUUGGUUACUAAACCAAUGACAAUAUUUAACUUAUAAAGAAUUUUUAAUUGCAUUUAUUAUAUUCCAUGGUAUUAGCUAUUUUAGUCAAUUAAUAAAUGGGCUAGAAUAUUUACACAGUCGUGGAAUAAUUCAUAAAGACAUCAAACCAGGUAAUUUAUUGCUCACGCUUGAUGAAACGCUUAAAAUAUCGGAUUUUGGAACUGCUGAGGUAUGUUAAAACUACCUUUACAAAAAUGUAUACAAUUUAAAAUUUGUAAUUCAAUUUAAUAGGCACUGUCACCCUUUGAUCCUGAAGGUAUUUGCGCAUCUAGUCAAGGUUCACCGGCAUUUCAACCCCCUGAAAUAGCUAAUGGGGAUGACGAGUACUCUGGAUUUAAAAUAGAUAUUUGGAGCAGUGGUGUUACAUUGUAUAAAUAUUAAGCAAUUAUUAAUUUCUUGUAUUUUACAAAUAAACAAUUUUUACAGGUAUAAUUUAGUCACAGGAAAUUAUCCAUUUGAAGGUGAUAAUGUGUACAGAUUAUUUGAAGCAAUUGGAAAGUGUAAUAUUCAAAUUCCAGGAUAUGUGACCGAACCCUUAAGAUCUUUGUUAGUUGGAAUGCUAAAAAAGGACCCAAAGAAAAGGUUUUCCUUACGAACAAUACAAACACAUCCGUAAGUUACUAAAAUAUAUAGAUAAGUAAUAGAUCUGUAUUUAAAUAAGUAUUCUAUAUUUUAUUGUACAUUGUAGUAUGUUAAUUACAUUUCAUUGAAGAACUUGUUUAUGUUAUUGACCGAGUCAACAACUAUCACAUAAUUAAUUUAAUAGAAAUACAAAGAGAAUUAGAUUUAUUACAACAAUUUUAUGUUAUAUUACAAAUACUAUUAUUUAAAUUGUUUAGUUGCACGUUUAUUUGUUCAUUAAAGAAUCCAAAACAAUAAAACUAUAGAAUAAUAAUUAAGCAUGAUCAGUUUCCCAAAUUUUGUUGGUAUAAUCAUUGAUUUAAUAUACAAUACAUCAUCUAUGUUUAAUCAAUGGUAUAAUGUAGUAUACUAUAUUACAUUGGUAAACUGGCCAUGAUCAUAUAAAUACUUUUAUGAAAUUAAAAUUAUGAUGAAACCUAAAUGACAAAUUUUAUAUGAUCUAAAAAUUCUUUUUGGAAAUUCGAUGUGUAUGGUUUUUCCUGAUACAAAUAUAAGACAGUUAAACGCAAUUAUAUUUUGUUUUAUAUUCGAAGUUUCGUGCAUACAAUUUUUGUAAUAUAUUGCUCGGCCUUAAAAAAUUGCUCUGGACUCUGCUCAAGCUGCACAGAAUUUUUUUUUUGUUAGCAAUGAUUUAUUGUUGGUUACUUUAUACUAAUAUAAAUUAAAUAAUUCUACAUAUCCUGAUUUCCCACUUCCUUACCUACACAUUUUUUUUUGUUUGUACAACUUUUCUAUCAAAAUAUUUCUCCAAUCAAUAAAUUAUAAGAGAACUUUUUUUUUAUCUAGCAUUUUGGAUCUAGUUAGUACAUUAGUGAGGUUAUUUUUUUGAUUUUCUUUGUAGUUUUUUAAAAUAAUUGUGAAAAAUUUAAAAAAAAAUAACAUUUAGAAAAACCGUGUAAGUUUACGAUUAUAAAAUUUUCAUUAUUUUUAUUGUGUUUUAUUACUAUAAAUAUUGCUUAGAGUUUCAAAAGCGGCAUAUAUUUUGAAAAAUUUUUUUGUCUAUUUGGUGCUCAAGAAAGUCUUAUUUUGGUUUUUAAUAUGAUUAAUGUUGUAAAUUAUGUCUUAUAUUAAGUUUUAAUAACAUAACAUAAAUUCUAUAAUUUAUACAUCAAAUUAUAUAAUAUAUUGAAUUAUAAUUAUAAAUUAAUUUUAAAUAACGUAUACAAGACAUUUGACCUGAUUUGUUUCUAUUAGUUUUUUAUUUAUUUAUUUAUUUAUAUAUAUUAUUACAUAAAAUAAUUGUAUAAUAAUAUAUAUUUAAUUGCUAUAUUAUUAUUUUAUUAAUCAACAAAUCUGUAAAUUAUUUGUUUAUUUAUAAUCAUGUAAUGUUUUAUUUAUUUAUUUUUAUUUAGGUGGUUUGUUUGUAGACAUCCAAAAACUUCUGAAAAGGUACCUAUUCCUCCAUUGCGGGGUGAUCAUAUGCAUAAUAUGACCGUAUUACCAUACUUGUUCAAUUAUCAUGAAUGUGAUACGCCUUCAGACAACGAAGAAGAAUAUAUAACCGAAAAUCUAAUUAAAGGUAAUUAAUUAUUAAAAUUAUGAUUGUAUUAAUUUAAAAAGUCGAAUUAAUUGUUUAAUAAAUAAUUUAGAUAGACAGAUUGGAAGUACAUCAGCUCCUAUUGAUGAUGUUAAUGAUCCAUCUAAACGGCCUUGGCAUAAGCCAAUCAUGUGCAAUGUUAAAAAAAUGACAACAUGUCGACUUUCAUGACAUUUGUCGCUUACCCUUAUACUGCAUCUUUCAUAUUUUUUUAUAUUAUACCCAUAAUUGGUCCAAAAGAUUUAAUUAUAUUUUGAGAAUACAAGUGGAGUGUUUAUUCAAAUAUUUUUUUUUGGAAUUGAAUUGAGUCAAGUAAUUUUGUAAUUAAUAUUUUUUCACUACGACAAUGGAAUUAUGUUAUUUUAACUACUUAUUAUGAAAUUACCAACCUAAAUAUGUUAUUAACUGUAUUGAUUGUUUAAAAUUAUAUAUUAUUAUUUAUCUUAAAGUUUUAAAAAAUCAAAAUAAUUGUGAAAUGACAAAAUUGACAACCAGACUUGAUGUACAGAGGAAAAAAAAAUUAAUAUUACCUCAAAUGUUUUUAAGUUUUGUUUAUUCAUUAUUUUGUACAUAAAUAUAUUUAUAUAUAUAUAUAUAUAUAUUCAUAAAAAGAAAAUCAUUUCAUACCAAAUACUAUAUACGUUUGCUCCUUUAUAGGUUUAUUUAUAUACAAUAAUAUUUGUUUUUAUAAAAGUAUAAGUACAUUAAUAAAUUAGAAUGUUAUAUUUAAAAACAUGUUUGAUUAUAUUUAAAUAUUAAAGUACC